CUUCAGCUUACACCCGCCCCACCGUCGCCCGUUUCCCCCAUCUCACCGUCGUCGGUCGAAUGAUUAAACGGCGAGAAUGGCAUUUGUGCGUGAAAAUAAAUGAGUUUUUGUGUUAACAAGUGCAUAUUUCUUACGACAACGAAUUCUCUCUGUGACCUUUAGUUCAGUAGCUCAAUUGUAAAACACAAAGUGCAUCAUUAUGUGCUGCUUUCGUGCGUUUUUGUGCAGGAAAUUUUUGAAGUGACCUGUUCAGGGUGGUAUCCCGUGGUUUAGGUUUCGCUGCGUCGUGCAAUAAUGGACAGUCUUCCCGCUAACAUCGUUGGAAUUUAAAAUAUUUGGUUUAAAAACGGAAUGGAUGAAGGUCUGUUGAACGACCUGCUCGAGUGCUCCGUUUGUCUGGAGCGGCUCGAUACAUCUUCAAGAGUUCUACCCUGCCAACACACUUUCUGUCUUAAAUGUUUAAAGGUGAUAGUAGAAUCACAUAAAGAACUCCGUUGUCCAGAAUGUCGGAUCCUGGUCGAAACGAAGGUCGAGGACUUGCCUCCGAACGUCCUCCUCAUGAGGAUACUCGAGGGUAUGAGGAAUUCAGCCCCGAAGAAGGUGGUCGGCGUCGGACAGCGGAUAAGAGCGGGACACCUCCAAGUACAGCAGGGAUCUCUCUCAGCACGUGACGGUAAACAGUUGCCGCCACACGCCAGAGCCGUGUACGAUUACAUUUCCAAGGAGCCUGGAGAUCUGUCAUUCAAGAAAGGCGAAAUAAUACUCUUGCAGAAGAAACUGGACGCGUUUUGGUAUCAAGGAGAAUGCUCCGGAAGAACUGGAAUGUUUCCAAUCACUUUUGUGCAGGUCGUCGUACAAUUGCCGGCGGCGACGGCGCUCUGCAAAGCGCUCUACGACUUCCGAAUGUCAGCCCCCGACGAGGAAGGGUGUCUCGCUUUUGAUAAAGGAGCUAUAAUAACGGUGCACCGUCGCGUCGACGACAACUGGGCCGAGGGUAGACUAGAGAACCGAGUCGGCAUCUUCCCUAUAGCGUUCGUUGAACUCAACCAGGCGGCCAGGCAGCUUAUAAACUGCGCGCCCCUGAACCGACCCGUGCCGCCGGUCCCGGGACACGCGCGGCCCGGACACUCCGAACACAGACAUCACUCUCAGCAUCCGCAUCGCUAUCAGCCAAUGUCGGUCUCUACACCGGCGACGUCACAGGGCAACUACCAGAACAUGGCAACGAUGACCCAAUCCCACCCCAACUACCCGACAGCGAUGCUGGUCCAACAGCCGCAGACGCUGGGCCCCCACGCGGGCCUGCUCUCGACGCCGCCGCGGAACAUUCUCGAACAGCAGUCGAAGCACGCGAUAGAUCUGAUACACUUUAGCAACAAGGGCCACGGCGUGCUGGGCCUGCAGAGCGUGUCCCGCAUCGGCGACGUCAACUACGACAGGACGCGCGUCAAGUUCGACUACAAUUCGACUCCCGCGGACUCGACGUACCAAAACGUGCGCCCCCCCGUCUCCAACAACCCCAGCUCGGACUCCAGUUCCAGUAUGAACACUCCGUCGGUGGGCGUCAGUUCCAACACCACGCCCAACACCAGCUCUGACACGAGCACCUGUGAGAGCAACGAGCCCAGCCUGCCGAGUUCCCCGGACAACAACACCGACCGGACCACCGCGGUCAACGGGCCCGACCCGGAUCCUGACCGACGCGAACCUUCACUAAACACCUCGAUGGGAAUAUUGAGCCUGAACGAGAGCUCCACCGCAACAAACACGUCGCUCAACGUCAGCCUGCCCCCUUCAGAGAGUCCCAAACCGAACGCUUCGAAUGAAGAGGUACAGGAAACGGAAGAAGUCAGACUAGACGCCCCGUCUUCCAGCAAAGUAGUGAUCCGAUCGAGCGGGCCGGACUCCCUGCUGAACUUCGGGCUCGGUCUGCAGGCGGCGCUGUCGCCAUCUCAAGGCCAGGAGGGGAACUACGUGGUGUCGAGAUCGCACAGAGACCCUCACAGGGAGAGGGAGAAAAGACACAGUCUCACGCCCUCGACGCAUUUGCAGGCCAAUCAUAAUACGCCGAAUAGACAUUCAGCGGAGAUAGUGGCGACCAGUCUGCUGGACGCGGCGCCGGUCGGGGGGCCGUGCGGGGGGUUGGGCGGGGGGACGGACGCGCGCGCCCGGCGGCGGCGCCGCUCCCGCAGCAGCGAGCGCCCGCUCCCCGCGCACUACGUAGCGCUGUACCCCUACCACCCGCAGAAACCGGACGAACUAGAACUCACCAAAGGAGUGGUGUACACCGUGACGGAGCGAUGUCGCGACGGCUGGUACAAAGGAUUUUCGGAGCGAAGUCAACGGGCUGGAGUGUUCCCCGGGAACUACGUAGCGCCGCACCGAGCCAAGCACGACAAGAGCGUAGUGAGUACGGUGGGCACGGUGCCGAGCCUGAAGGCGAUGACGUCAGGGCCUCCCCCUCCCCCGGACGCCCCGCCGCGGGCCCCCUCUCCCUCCCCGCUGCUCUCUGCGGCACAGCCUUUGACGUACCCUUGGAAUUCGACGACGCUAUGUAUGCAACAAACAACGCCUAGAUCUGAAAAGUCGAGGGACAAAACGAAAGCGGAGAAGUCUUCUAUAUCGAGCGGCGUCAGUCUCAUGAAGCGUUGGGCGGCCAUGAAGAAGUGCAAGUCUCCGCCGCCGGCCGCAGCGUACAGCAUCGACAACCCCGUGUUCGAGGACGGGCCCUCGCGCUUGCUAGACGUGCCGCUGCACCCGCACCACGUCAGGUCGGGGUCGUGCCCCUCGCAGCUGCUGCGUGCGCUCCCCGCCGCCGACAGACGACUCCGCGCCCCCGCCGCACCACUCGCGCACAGAUCUACAAAUGAGAGUCCGUGGCAAACUCAGCACAGGAAAUCGCAAUCUCUCGACGUCACCGCCGCUAGGAAAGACAGACACCAUUCGCAAACCGUUAAAGAAAGAUACCGCUGUAUAGUUCCGUACCCUCCCAACUCGGAGUAUGAGUUAGAAUUGAAAGUGGACGACAUAGUGAUAGUGUCGAAGAAGCGCGGCGACGGCUGGUACAAGGGAACGUUGCAACGCACAGGUCGCACCGGUCUAUUCCCGGCCUCGUUUGUGCAAAGCUGCCCUCACGAAUGACGUACGUACGACAAAUACGCUAGUGUCUUUUAUUAGACACACCACGGGGACAGUCAUGAUAUUUGCCACAACAUGAGAUUAAAAUUUUAUCAACACUUUUGUACUAGGAUUCCCUAGCCUACCGCCAGGUAAAAUCGUGAAUUUGUUGCCGCAGUAAAUAAUAACCGUAUUGUUUUAAGAAGUCAACAAUACAUUGGCGGCUAUGUGCGAAGAACAUGCAAUUUGGCCAUGCUCGACUUAUGUAAAAAUGUCCCGAUUACAACUCGAUUAAAUUUAGUUCUGGCUGUAUGAACUAUUUCCUUUUUGCGUGUCACUUUAGUAGGACAGUCCUAUAUGCCUUUAAGAAAACAUAGAUUCUGUAUCUCAAAAACAAAUUAGAUUAUCAAACUACAGCACGUUUUAUCGAGUUGUAAUCUAAAAACACUAUGUAUAGAUUAUAAAUGUCGGUCGGUGUCAGAAUGUUGGAACUGUCAAUGUCACUUGCCUCCAGCUAAAUUUGAAAAUAGAACAAAAAAAUAAAAGGAACAGAUUCAAUGUUUUAAUUGAAUUAAAUGUAUAUGAAAAUUUUUAGCAAGUUUUUCAAGUCAAACGAUUGUAUUAAGUUGUAUAAACAACAAUGCAAGAAUACAGGUGCCCACCUUUUACUAAGUUAGUUUUUUUUUAAUCUCAAUAGAUUCAUGUAAUUGUUACAUGUAUAAAAUGUAAUAGAAAAAAAAGCCGGGGAUCCCUUUGUUUUAUUAAAAAUGAUAAAAUAUUCAAAGACUUCAGCAUUGUUAAUGAAUUCAAUAAUAUUUUCAAAUAAAAUUAUAAAAACGCAUAUAAAAACAAUGGUUCAAUUAAAUUUCUUAAAAAUUCUACUUUCGGUAAUCCUCCUAAGUCUUAAGAUCAUCAAAUAGGAUCCCAGAGCUGAAAAACAUUUUGUAUCUAUCCGAAAAUUACAUAUUUUUUAAUUUUCUUUUGUUUUAAAAAAUAACAAUGCGGGCCAAAUGAAUGAGUCCAGAGAGAAUAUAAUUAAUGAUAAUUAUGAUUAUUAAUAGUGUAUUUUUAUAAUUAUUAAUAAAAUUGAGUAUCUGUAAUUGUAAUAUUCGUCUGUAGCAUCUUGUAAUACGAUAUAUUAGCUAAUGAAUUUCCACACUUUUUCUACUAGAAAUAUUUUUCCCAUAGUUUAUGUAAUAAAAAUUAUAUUUAUUCGUCUUUUAAACUCGUUGGUCGGUGUGACAAGCGAGACGGGGCUUGCUUAGUGUUAUUGAUGUGAAAUUAUGAGUCAACUUUCACAAUUUUGUCAUUUAAAUUUCAACUUUGGAAUUAAUAUAGUGACAUAUCUGAUUAUUAUUAUUUUAUUAUUUCAACAGUGUCUAGUGAUCAGAUAUAUAAAGUCGCUUGCUCGCAAUCGAUUGUUAAAUACUAGAAUUGAUGGUUUUUUUAUUAACUUAUGUGUCCGGACAUAUGUCAAGUGUUGUAAGAUUGUUUAUAAAAUUCGAAGAUGCGAAAUCUUGAUUUAGUUUAUAUUGGGAUUUUGAUUUUUGAAGCAAUUUACUCGAUUUACAGAGAGUACUAGUAUUCGUAUAAUAAUGAAGUCUAUUUUUACAGUUUAUUAUUUGUAACGUUUCUGAUACUCCCACUUUUCGUGAUCACGGAUCACUAAGGUAUUGUUUGUAGACAUUUGAAUAUUGUGCUGAAUAUAGUAAACUGUAAAAGAACUGCAGAAAACUGUAAAAAUAGUUUUAAUUAGAAUUUUUUUUAAAUAACACCAAAAAAAAGUUGGUUUCUUAGAGAGUUUUAACUGAUAAUUUUUUUUUAAAUCGAAAGCAAGCGAUAAACCUUAGUGUAAAUCUGUUCCACAAAUUUAUAAUAUGUUGAAGACAAGCAGUAGAUGUAAUUUUAAUUAAAUUAAAAUAAAUUUAUUUUUUAGAUAAAUGUAAUCUACGAAUUUUCAUAAGAAUUUAGUGAUUUUAUUUCACAUUUGUAUUCUAAUUCAAUUGUGUGUUUAAAAUUGAUAGGUCAGUCGGUUUCUUUGUUUUUUUUUUUUAAUUCAUUCGGACGCGGUAUAGGAAACUUCAUGUGACGUCAUUCGUGGCCAAAUAACAUAGGAGCUAACCAUAGAAUAUGCAUUAAAACAAUAUGCUUUAUUCACAAAAUUUGAUAUACUUGUAAUGAAAACUGAAUUGUUGAUAUUUCAGAGAAACAAUGAUGGAACAAACGUUUUGAUCUAGUCGAGAUCCUAAUAACUUUUUAUCUUUGAUUCAUAAUCUAAUAGAAGAGUCUAUUUAAGUGAUUUUUCGUGUUUGUACGCGGUAUAGCUUCUAGCCUAACCACGUCCGUUUGAAUAAUUCCCUGACAAUGUAUAGGAGGAAUGUCUUUGUAAGUUCUUUAGAACUACAAUUUUACGCUUAUUAUUAUUAUUUAAAACACCCUUCGUUUGUAAGACACUGCCAUAUUAAAUAUCCUUUUUAACGUGAUUUUUUAUAGGUAACAAACAACUAUUGAGAGAAAUCUUUGGUAUUUCGUGACAAAAAAAACUUUCUGAUUUUACUAUAUAGGAUACAAAUAUUUAAUUUAAAUAUUCGCGUUGUAAUGUAGGUUUGUGUAAAUUAUGUAUUAGUGAUUAGCGAUGUAUUUCCAUCCUUCUCCAAGAUAUAUUCGGUCGGAUUUGUUUUUACGUAGGAAAAUUAUAUUUGUUUUUAUCGCGUGAUCUUUAAUAUAAUAUCUAAAUUAUAGUUUUUCAUACGAAAACAAAUUACAUGUGUGUUGCCAUUGUUCAAGAAAAAAUUAUCCGACCGGAUGUGAUCAUGAGUCCAUUGAUGGAGUUUUUCGAAAACAUUUUCGGAUUUCAUUAGUUGAAUUCACAACUGAUAUUAAAUUUAAUGAAUUAAGACUGUAUAUUAAUAAUUGAUUUUUAGAUUUAUCUAUUAAUAAUAAUAUUUAUAGUUGGCAACACUACUUGAUUGACAAUUUUAUAUUUAUAAUGAUAUAUUAUUAAUGACUUAUAAUCAUUUUUCAUUUCACCAUUAAUGUUUUUGAAGUGUAGAAUUAAUCAAGUAUAUAUUUAUUAACCAUUAACUACGAUUGAACCCGUGAAAUAAAUUGUAAAAUCAUCUCAAUUAUAUUCAUGCAUUAAUCUGUGCAUCUCAUCUCUAAUCUAUGCUUUAAUUUAUUCACUGAGUGUGUGUUCUACAUUUUAUUAGUUCCGACAUUUCAAUCUGUCAAUAUCAUGAAUUUACAACAACAGUAAUUGGUAACAAUUAAAAAAUAUAUAUGUAUGUAUUUUUCGUGUUUUUUAAGUUACGAAGAAACUUUGUUUAUUUGUGUAAAUGUUAAAAAACCUGUUAGAAUCCAUGAUACCUCACAACUGAACUCGUAGAUGGAAUGUAGAGAAUUCUUUCCACCUACCUAUUUGCUAGUAGCCUAAGUAAGGGGCUAUUCCAGCUACGUGGUGACUAAUAAAUAGGUCAGCUCGCGGAUUCAACCUGAGAGAAUUUGCUAAAAUGAACCUAAUUUCGGAAUCGCGAUCUGCUGGGAAGAUCCGGCUAGAAACUCAGUGAGCUAUGUCAUAAUCACCCCGAACCCUUGCUUGCUUGCCAAUAUUUAUAACUACUGAUACCAUGCAGCCCACGUUUUUUUUUACAAAAAAUUAUUUUUUUCUUACACUAUUUUUAAUUCAAAUUCAUUAAAAUUUAUUCUCUAUUUCUUUGUUGGAUUUUCUCGUAUUUUGUUAGUUUUUUUAAACUAUUAUUUAUUUAAAAUUUUUUUGAUUGAAUUUCAAUUUUACCAAUUUUUUUUUUAAAUAUUGUAUAGUCAUCGGUCCUUAAUAAGUAUAUCUGAUUUUGAGUUAAUCCAACGUUUUGAAGGGGGUCAAAAUCAUGUUCGAAGAUUCCGUUACAAACAUACAUACUAAAAUACGUCUGAAGCUAAUAAAAGCGUAUUAAAAAGGUACUCCGAUAUGAAAUCUGCUGAUGGAUUAAAUGUCGGAUCGUUGACCGAAUUAACCCUUUGACUGCCUUGUAGGUUAUCGGUGCCCUACGUGGCCCACUAAGUGUUUGUGUCGAUUUCCGUUAUUAAGGCUAACUUUACCAUCUUUUAUUCUUAAUGUAUACUUAAGUCUUUUUAGGUCUCUUAAAAAUGGUACUUUUGGAUUCGUCUUUCUCAGUCUACUAAGAUAUUCCGGCGUCUUAGUUACAGUCAAAGUGGAUACAUAUUACAUUGGGCAUUGCUAAAUUAUACUGCCAUUACAGAUACAAUUCGGGCUACCCGGUAAUACAUAGUUGCCGCAAAACCUAAUUAAUAAUAAUAAUAAUAACUGGGAACAAAUCACGCACGAUCAUCCGGCCCCAAAUUAGGAUUCUCUGUGUUAUGAGCACCAUAGACUGACACACACACUUAUAUACGUAUAAAUAUAUACUUAAGUAGAUUAUGAACACACAGAGAAAGACCAAACAAACGUGUUCAUCGUACUAACGUUUGUCCGAUAUGGGAAUCGAACCCACGACCCUCCGCGCGACAGUCUGGAGCGCUAACUAUUGCACCCCCGAGUCUAGAUAAUAGAAUUGGUGUUGUACUAAUAAAAAAAUGGAUAUUACUUAAUGACAGUCGUGCACGAAAACUUUUUGUGACUACGUACGUCGUUAAUCGGGCUCGUUUACAACCCUCGGGGUCACUGACCGCCAGAUCAACACGUUGAUUUUAGUUCAGGUUCAUAUAUUCACUAAUUGCGUAGACAUUUAUUUAUUUUUUCUUUUUUAUUACUUAGAUCGGUGGACGAGCUCACAGCCCACCUGAUGUGAAGUGGUUACUGGAGCCCAUAGACGUCCACAACGUAAAUGCGCCACCCAGCUUGAGAUAUAAGUUCUAAGGUCUCAAGUAUAGUUAAACGGCUGCCCUGCCCUUUAAACCGAAACGCAUUACUGCUUCACGGCAGAAAUAGGCAGGGUGGUGGUACCCACUCGCGCGGACUCACAAGAGGUCUUACCACCAGUAAACCACUAUCGCAUUCAGUCUUCUUCUUUCUUUCCUAUUACCCCCCUCUGUUGGUGUUUUUUUUUUUCAUUCAUCAUCAUAAGUUGUAUCUCUCCACUGCUGGAUGUAGGCCUCUCCCAUAGUCCGCCACAAUCAACGAUCCUUCGCCUUCCACAUCCAAUCGUUCCCAGCAUAUCCCCGCAAGUCAUCGGUUCAACGGGCAAGGGGACGCCCAACGCUGCGCUUACCACGUCAUGUCCAAGAGGCCCAGUUCCUGCUCUACUGAGAGACGUCAAGUUGUUCUGGGUAGGCCUCUCUUCCUUUUAUCGCGUUCAGUGGGAGAAAUAUUUCUUAAACAAACUCUCUAUAUACAUUUAAGUAUAUUUAUAUAUUUAUUUUCAAGAUCUUUGUAUUAUAACUUUCAUAAUAUUGAAAAUAACGAAACUAAUAUUUUAUAUAACAUUAUUUAUUAAUUCGGUUGUGUUUGUGCGUGUGUACGUGUGCGUGUUAUUUUUUUUUAUGUCUUUUGUAUAUUUAAUCUGUAAUAUUACGUAACUCACACAACGAACGUUUUAUAGAUUCCAAUGUAUGUUGCUCAUUUCUGUAGAUUACUAUGGAUAUUCUUGUCACAAAAUAACGACUUUUGGAUGGUUGCGAUAAAUGUCGCGAGCAUUCGGUGGUUUUGUAAUAACCCUUGUUCAUUUUAAAGUUUGCUUCUAGAGAGUAAUUUUCAAAGGGAAUCAUAUCGAAGUUGAAUUAGGUAAAGAAAUAAAGAUUUCUUCUUAAUUUA